AUGCGCUAGGUUAAUUAGGUCAACUAGAAGAAAAAAUAGAAUAAUUAGAAUAUUCACCUUAGAAUAAUAAGACUUCAGGAAAUUUUUUAUAACAAUGUAAAACUAGUUAAAUCUAUUUUUCAAGAGGCUUUAAACAAGAAAAUCAUCAAGAAUACCCAUCUUAAAGUUUGGGUUAUCCGCAGCUUUUAUUAAUAAUACAUUUUUAGUCAAAAAAAAAUGUAUUAAUAUGAAGAGCUUCUGCUAAAAUUGAGAGUUAAUUCAAUAAACAAACCUUAGAGAAAGUCAUUUGGGGAAUUCAUAUUGUUGUUAAAUAAUUAAAACAAUUAUAAAAUCAGGAUAUAAACUUCCAACUACUCAAGAAAUUAUUGA